AUGGCCGACCGCUUCCCCUCCCUAGACCAGUUCGACGAGGGCCAAACUGAGGUUGUCGACACUCAUGCAAACGCCGAAGAUGACUUCCUGGCCCGUGAACGUGCUGUUCUAGGUGAAGAUGCGGAGCAAUUCGCGACUGCUCAAGAUCAUGUGGCCCAUGCGGGCGGCGUAGCGGACGACGACUUACUGGGUGGCGGCGAUGAGCCAGCGGAAGAGAUUGGAGAUUUCGAGUCCUCGUUCCCUUCAGUUGAGGCACAGACACAAAACGAGAGAGUCGCCCCCGGCGGUACAAUCACCGGAACCGGUUCCCCCUUCCCUGCCUCUGGCUACCAAAGUGCUCAGAAUAACGAGGAAGAGCCUGCGCCUAUUGCAGAAUGGCGCGAGAAACGAGACGCUGAGAUUGCCCGCCGUGCGGAAAUCUCGAAUGAAAAGAAGGAGGCGACCGUGAAGAAGGCCCAAGAAGACAUCGACGACUUCUAUGUCUCCUACAACAACAAGGCUGACAAGGCCAAGGCCCAGACCCGCACCGAAGCGGAGCAGUUCCUGGCGAACCGUGAAAACACCUCUUCUGGAGGCACCAGCUGGGAGCGCAUUGCGAAGCUGGUCGAUGUAUCUGGAAAGGGUGCCAUUGGUGGUGCCAGUGGCUCGGGCAAGGAGCGCUUCCGCGAGCUGCUGCUUGACCUCCGAAAAGACCAGGAGGCACCAGGCGCUAGCGGGAUCUAG